GCUUACGCUGGAGAGACUAGUGAUGUCCAUUCAAGUUCACCAUUUGCUUUGACCGACACUGCCAGUGUGCGUCUGACCCUUCAGCAUCUCGUGUCAUUACCAUUAUCCCUAUCAUUCUUGUAUAUCUUACUGGCUUGCUUUGUUGUGGAGCCAUUACGUAGGGAACAGAAACAUCAAGCCCUCGAGUCAAUAUGGAGGCUUUUGAAGACGACAAUCCUUUCGAGACAGAUGCUGACCGUCUGUCUUCAGAAACAUCUUCUACUUCCAAAGUAAACAUAUCUGCACCAUCUUCUCCGCCUUCGCACCCUUCUCGUCUGGUCUCGCCAACCUCUCCAGGAACGAACAUGAACCAACCGUUCUCACCACCAGGAUCCCGUAGACAUGCUCAGGCAACAUUCAAAACUGACUUCUGCUGCACUAGAGAUCAGUGGUUGCACUCGGGUGAGGAUUUCGAAAUCCUGAUUACAGAUGCACAGAAGACAUCUCUCAAUUCAUCAACGCCUUAUAUCACAUAUGUUAUCCAGUCUGGGAAUACUGAAGCUCGGCACCGCUAUUCCGAGUUUGAGUCACUGCGGGGAAGCCUUGUGAAAUUGUACCCAACCCUCAUAAUUCCACCCAUUCCCUCGAAGCAAACGAUUGGUGAUUACGCUGUGAAACAGGCCAAGGCCAAAGAGGAUGCUGCGAUGAUUGCAAGGCGAAAGCGCAUGCUUCAGACGUUCCUCAAUCGCAUUGGCCGUCAUCCCAUCUUGUCCAAUGAUCAUGUUUUCCACCGCUUCCUGGACGGAGAGGUAUCUUGGACUGAAGUAUUACAUUCUCCCCCUUUGUCGUUACUGCCGAAGAAUAUUUUGAAAGCUCCAUCGCACAACCCUACGGACCAGAAUGCUUCUCCUGCUUAUGCAGUGUUACCCAAUCCUUCGGCUGCUCACCCUCUUCGCAACCCUGAUCAACGGUUUGUAGACUCGGAAGUGUUUACCAACAAAUUCUCUAACCAUCUCGGCGGUCCUAUGGAGAGAGUCACUCGCCGUAGCUUGAAGCGAUGGUCCGACAACGCACAGGAUCACUCUGAGCUUGGUGCUGCUUUGAAUGGAUUCAGCUUGAACGAAAGUGGUGCCCUAGCCGCUGCCAUUGAAAAGACAGGGCAAGCUGUAGACACCACUUACGUGUCCACGACGAGGCUUGUUCAAGAGCUUGAGCAGAAUUGGUGUGAACCAUUACACGAAUAUGCCCAGUUUGCCUCCAUAAUAAGGAAAUUACUUGCCUACCGUCACCAAAAGCAUGUACAGUACGAAAUGACCCAGGAUAACUUGGAGUCUAAGCGGGAGUUGCUAGAGGACUAUGAGAAGAGUGAGAGAGAGGCGAAGAGGUUGGAAGAAGCCCUCAAUCGUGGGCGGGUUAGUGGUGUGCAAUCCGAGCCAGGACCUAGAAAUGCUAGAAGCCGGUCGCCUGAUGCAGACGAACCGGAGGAACCUUCGUCAGCGUACUUGCCGCCGCACCCUGGCCCCACUCCUCCAAGGAGGAGAGCGCCUGGGAUGGCAUUUCUCAGCGCAUUGAGCUAUACUUUGCAUGGAAUGAUGGAUGUGGAUCCCGAAACUGCUCGCCGCAACGGUAUCAGCAAAACACGGGAGACGAUUUCUCAGUUGGAAGACGCGCUUCAUCUAUCCGCACAGGAUUUGAAGUAUUCCAGCUCAACCAUUCAGGCCGAUUUGGAUAGAUUCCAACGGCAGAAAGUAGCCGAUAUGAGAGAAAUGGCGAUUAAUAUGGCAAGAAGUCACAGAGACUGGUGCCAGAAGAACCUUGAAGCAUGGAAAGAAGCGAAGAAAGAAAUCGAAAAGAUACCAGACCAUCCCAACAGGCUGCCAAGUUCGAAAGACACAUCUAAUGGAGUUGGCCCUGGACCAUCUACUAGGAGAGAUUCGACGGCGACCGUGAAUGGUCGGUAACUGCAGCUUCUUAUACUUAGUGACCAUAACCUAAGCUCGAUGUGAGCUACAAAUGGUUUACUCAACUGAAGGACAAUGGAUUGCGUUUUCAUUUCUUGUCUCCAUUUUAUCUUUGUUUCUUCGGCUACAGUGUGUGAUUAGGGAAUGCCAUAAUUGAGUUGCUUCUUUUGGAGCUACUUACAUCUGGUCUAAAAAUACAAAUAUUUUUGUCACGUUGUUCAG